AUGUUACGACAUAAGAUCUCGAGAAGGUUCACUAGCACUGUUCAAAAGAUUGAUUACAAGAUUCAAGCACAGGAUGUACCUAAAAAUGCCACCAUAUUUAGCAUGAUUCAGCCAACUGGAAAAUUUCACCUUGGCAAUUAUUUGGGAGCUGCGAGAGUAUGGAGAGAUUUAUGUGCAUUCAAGCAGGAUGAUCAGAAAUUACUGUUUGGAGUCGCUGAUUUACAUGCCAUCACCGUUCCAAAGCCCAAUGUGGAAGAAUUUCGUCAAUUAAGAAUUGAAGCAAUAGCCAGCAUACUAUCAUGCGGAGUAGAUCCUUUGAAGGCCUCGGUUAUGUACCAGUCGAGCAUUCCGCAGCAUUCUCAGCUGCAUUGGCUUCUCUCCACGUUCGCAACAAUGGGAUAUCUGAAUAGAAUGACUCAAUGGAAGUCUAAAUCAAAUAUAAGGGAUGCUGUUAUUGAUCCAGCCUCCAUCGGUAAGGUCAAACUUGGGCUCUUCUCCUAUCCUGUGCUUCAAGCGGCUGAUAUUCUCAUUUACAAGGCUACACACGUCCCAGUCGGUGAUGAUCAGAGCCAACACCUCGAGUUGACAAGGGAUUUGGCUGAGCAGUUCAACACUUUUUACAAAACAGACUUCUUUCCUCUUCCAAAGACGAUACUGGCACCUACAAAGAAGAUCCUGAGCUUGACCUCUGACAAGAAAAUGUCCAAAAGUGAUACAAAUCAGGGCUCAGUCUUGUACUUGAGUGACGAUCCUGAAAUUAUUGCCAAAAAAAUACGGAGAGCUGUGACUGAUUCGAUAUCUACACAUUUCAACUACGACCCCGUAGAGAGACCUGGCGUUUCUAACUUGAUCAACAUAGUAAGUGGCAUUCAGCGAACUUCUAUCGAAAAUGUUGAAAAGGAUAUUUCUAAAUUCGAUAACUUCAAAGAUUUCAAAAGUUAUGUGACUGAGGUGAUAGUUGAAGAGCUAAGAGAGCCAAGGUUGUUGUUUGAGCGCUACAUGCAAGAACCAGAUUACUUAGAUUCGGUCAUCACAAGAGGUACUGAAGAGGCGGCUGAAAUGGCGCAAAGAAACAUCAAAGAAAUUAUGAAUAUAAUGGGACUGUGA